CACAUGACAAAGUCACGUGGCAUACAGGAAGUUUAGCGAUGUUUCCCACUCUACCUCUUGUCCGUACACUGCGACGCGGAGCCGCAUAAUGUCUCUAUUUGGUUUACACGAGACCCGAAAAAUAGAAAAUAUGAAAACGAUUACCCGCCUGGCGAAAUUACUGAGGUAAUAUCCAGCCUUUUGUUUCCCGUGUGACCGUCCAAACAUCCCCAUGGCAUCACCGGGGUUCGCUCAGGAGCUUUCUACAGAGAAGGACAGGCUCCUCUCAUCCAUGGGUCUCAGUUAUGGGUCUCAGGACCUUCUUGGGGAUACACCAAUGAGCUCUGAUCUCCACCAGCAACUGGAAGAGGAAGAGGAAGAAGCCCUGAGGAGGAAGCUCAAAUAUUUCUUCAUGAGCCCUUGUGACAAGUAUCAUGCCAAGGGACGCAAACCAUUCAAGUUGGGCCUACAACUGCUCAAAAUCAUCAUUGUCACAGUGCAGUUGGUGCUGUUUGGGCUGAGCAACCAGAUGGUUGUGACAUUUAAAGAGGAAAACACGGCGGCAUUCAAACAUCUCUUCCUGAAAGAUUACCAGGACGACACUCCUCAGGCUGUUCACAUGCAGAAAGAGCUGCACAGGCACAUCGACUUCGCCAUUGAGCAGUAUCUAGCGCUGCCUCAGAUCUCACUGGGAAAAUAUGCCUACGUGCAAGGCGUCGGCUUCAACGGAAGUGCACUCUCACUCUGCCAGAGGCACUACAAGAGGGGCACCAUCGUCCCUGUCAAUGACACUUUUGACAUCGAUCCUCAUGUUGUCACCGACUGCAUCGGACUCGAUCCGCCGAGCUUCGGUUCCGCUCCUGGAAAGAGUGACUACAAAAACUUCACUCUCAAUUUUUACAAGCUGAUCAAUGUAACGAUUGACUUCCAGCUGAAGGCCAUCAACAUUCAGACCAUCAUCAAUAAUGAGAUACCAAACUGCUACACCUUUGCUAUCACGAUUCUCAUGGAUAACAGAGCUCACAGUGGCAAAAUGAAGAUCAGUUUACAGAACCAGGCCUCCAUAAAGGAAUGUAAGGACCCCAACGUUUCCGGACAUGCGGAGAACUACGCCCGAGAGUUCUUUGACGUGUUGGUUGCCCUGGUUUGUCUGCUUUCUCUGCUUCUGUGUGGCCGCUCCAUCCUCAGAGGUGUCCUUCUGCAACACGAAUACGCACAGUUUUUCCAGACCAGACUUGGCCGCGGCGUAAGCUGGGGAGACAGACUGGAGUUCGUCAACGGCUGGUAUAUUCUGCUCAUUGUCAGCGACAUGUUUACCAUCAUCGGCAGCUUCAUCAAGAUUGGAAUUGAAUCCAAGAAUUUGUCAUCAUAUGAUUCGUGUGCAAUCCUGCUGGGAACGUCCACACUGUUGGUAUGGGUGGGAGUCAUUCGUUAUCUCAGCUUCUUUCAGAAAUACAACAUCUUGAUUGUGACGCUCAGAGCCGCCUUCCCUAAUGUCAUCCGCUUCUGUUGCUGUGCGGCGGCCAUAUAUUUGGGAUACUGCUUCUGCGGAUGGAUUGUCCUGGGGCCGUAUCAUACCAAGUUUCGCUCCUUGCCCAUGGUAUCAGAGUGCCUCUUUUCUCUGAUCAACGGAGAUGACAUGUUUGUGACCUUCGCUGAGAUGGAGCAGACCGGCACGCUGGUGUGGAUCUUCAGCCAGGUCUACCUUUACACCUUCAUCUCCCUCUUCAUCUACAUGGUGUUGUCACUCUUCAUCGCGCUCAUCACCGGAGCCUACGACACCAUUAUGGCCCAAACGCAGGAGCAGGUACGGGUCAGCGAUCUUCACGCAUUCAUCGCUGAGUGCACAGACACGCCCAGCUCUGGCAAAUUCCGCGGUCCCGAGGGGCCGUCGUGCUCCUUUUUCUGCUGCUGUGAUUGAAUUUCCAGCAGGGAGGAGGAUGAUGAUGAUGAUGAUGCCUGUGCAUCGAACUGACUGACCUUGAACCACUCUGUCCUCUGUCCCGCUGAUGUUCAGAUGUCGCACUCCAAAUCACGCUGUUACAGUAGCACUUUCAAACACAAAAACUCGGGCCAAUUUGGCUUUUGUUCUGUGUGAAUAAUUCCUUGCAAGCUAGCUUUUCAUCACCGAUUACAUGAACUAAAGCUUUCAUUUUAUCUUUCGUUUUACACUAGUUUUAAGAUUUUGUUUUUGGUGUGGUCUAAAUGUUUUUAUAUGUACGCGCACGUAGAAUAUACUGUCAUAGUGUACUGUAUGUUAAAUGCCUUCUGUAACAUUUACAGUCAAGGCUGUUGCUUCAUGCUCUCUUCCAUCCCCCCCCACCCCCUUUGUUCUUGUUCUCCCUUGGCUGAAAAUUUUUGAUGGCUGCACGCGCAAGGACGAGCCCUGCAGCCAGCCGCUGAUUCAUCAAUAUGUAUGAACUGUAAAAAGACUGCACACCAGUGCACAGAGCAUUUCUGACUAUUUGCUUUCAAAGUGCUGUAUGCAGGUGGUGAAUCUCCUGCAGGAAAAGACAGCUGUGUGAUUUUUUUUUUCCCUUCCAAUGGACAUUUUGCCAAAGCCUAACAUUUUAGACUAGGUUUAUGUUAUUUUUUUUUAAGUAUCGGAGUCCUGCAAUGUCUGUAGGCUGACAUUGUAGCCGUUUGAGAAAGGGUAAUUGCUCAUUUUAUCUGAUUCGAGGGCAUAUGUACAAAUCGGUCGUUCUUAAGCUGUUGUAAAAGGGAACAAUUUUUGAAGAUGGCUUAAUGAAAUGCUAAUGUCAUUCCAGUUUUCUGCGGGAAGGGCACCGUUCAAUGAAUACAGUCGGUCUCUACUGAGAAGGUAAAAGGGAAUUGAAUGAUUUUCCUCUCUCUUGAUUCCCUUUCGAGUCACACCACUUUGGGAGUUGUUAAACUUUAUGUGCACUCAUUUGUACUUUAGGAUGACUGAUUGACAGUUUAACAUGCUAAAAUGCCUCUCAUAGGAACGAAGGAGCGCACUGGGUUAUAAAGCAUUGUUUACAGUUCGUAAUGCAUGCCUUCUGACACCUCGAGGAACUUAAUUUAAUGGUACUUGAAUUUACUGGUGAAACGUGUAGUCAGGUGUGUCUGAACUCCGAGUUUGUCAGCCUCUGUGAAGAAGGCCUUUGUACAGUUCACCUGUGGCAUUGUUAUAUUUAUUGAAUAUUCUUUUUAAAGAUGUUGGCUUUCACACAUCGGGGAAUUAAACUAACAACACUGAAAAGGUGUUGGAAAAAAGAAUACG